GCCGGACAGAACCAGGUGAGACAGAACCAGGUGAGACAGAACCAGACAGAACCAGGUUGUUCUUCUCUGACCGCCUCUCCUGCCUGAUGACAUCACCAAGCAUGUUCGAUGACAUCAUCGCUUUGCUUUGAAUCAGGUUCCCUGGUGUUUAAUCUCAGCCUAAUUGUGCAGAAGAGCCGGAACGCCUCGAGGACAUUUACCUGUUGGAGACCCAACAUGGUGGCCGAGGACCCAGAAGACAUCCAGAACCAAAAGAGAGUGGGACUGAAGAGGAAGCCGACGGGUCCGCCGAGGCUCCUGAGGGGAAGAACCAGGACCAGGAGCGCGGAGGAGGACCGACCAGAAACUAAACCAACGGGUAGCAGCGAGGAAACUUUGGCUGCAUGUUCAGAUGAGCUAACCUGCAGGGGGCGCUCUCAUGCUGCUUGUGAUAGGAGGAGGAGACGCAGGUGGUGGAGCAGGUUGUCCUCAGCCGUGGUCUGUAUCAGAAGACACCAGGAGGACAAUGGGAGUGCACCAGAGGGGGCGCCGCAGAAAGACGAUGGAGUUUUACUUCAAGACAGAGAAGAAAGCAGGAAGACCGAUCUGAAGAAGAUGAGAAACAUUUUGAAGAUAUUCACUUCCUCGCCUGAUGUUCAGCAACGUCCUGAUCUGAGCAGGAGGAGCAAACCUUCACCGAGCUUCGAGACAAAACUGAGGAAGUUCUUCGUCGGAGCGGGGAAGAGACGACCCGACCCGCUGGGAAACGUGGAGGACAUGAAGGUGGAGGAGGAUCCGUGUGUUUCAGAAGCCACCGAGCGUCCUGGAGAACAUCCAGCGGUUCUCCAGCAGACAGAGCAUCAGGAAGCAGCCAAGGAGCCAGAAGCACCUCAGCAGACCACAGCCAAGGACCAUGAAAAUGGAUCAGACAUGUUCCAAGCUGCUCAUGUAAACCAGGUUCUGGUGCGGGAUGUGUCCUCAGAAGAGGACGAGGUUCUCUUUGACUCAGAGCUGGUUGUGGACCUCCAUGACCAACCCCCAUUCGAGCUCUCCUUUGAGAAGAUAGUCCAGGUGUCCCGCCCCCUUCACCCUUUCACCAACGGACCCUCCAUCCGGAUCGAGCUCUAUCCUCCAGAUGACAUCCCUCAGGAGGAGGAGGAGGAGGAGGAUGGAUGCUGGGAAGGUGUCUCCUCCUCAGAGAACCAUCUCCUCCACCUGGUCUCCUCCGACCACAGCGAGUGGCAGCUGCUAACGGCGGCUCGCUCGCUGGUCAGGACCGCCGUGACCGCCGCUGUGGAUCAGCUGACCAGAGAGCAGCAGAACAACGGGGACUCCAUCCUCCAGGAGCCGCAGGGCUGCAGGUGAUGGACCAAGACUCAACACCAAGCUCCAGGACGGAGAUCCCAGAUUGGUGCUCUGAUGCUCAAACGUCACGAAGCUCCAGAAAACGAGUCAUUUCUGAAACAAGUACCUGUAAAAGUCGACGUUCUCAGAUAAAACGAAUAUUUACUGAGAUGUUGCACCUGAUUCAGAGAUGUUUGAGCUCAGACAAACAAAACUCCAGACCUGACUCAGACUUGUAGAACCAGUUUUUAUCUGCUGUGAUGGAGCCGGUCUGUGAGCUCCAGACUGCAGGUUAUCAGCCAAUGAUGUUGGUGGAUUAUUAUGGGAUGUUAGCGGCUCGUAGCUGCAGCUUCAAAAUAACGACCACAUGAUCGUCUCUCCAACUCAACGCUGAAUUAAAGGAAUAAAAUAAACACAAUUUACCUCCGACAUAAUCUCGCUGCUAAACUAGCGGCACCACUAUGAGGUCACUUCCUGUUGAUAAUAUGUCAAAAAUAAAAGCACUUCCGGUUCCAUCCAAUUUAGAAGUGUAGCACUAAUUUACUUCCAUUUUGUCAUUUAUAAUGUUAUAUAUCUUAAAUAUGAAUAUUGUUGCUAUUUAGAAUAAUAGAGAAAACUUAGAUUUAGAAAAUGUUUUCCCGAUAUUAUUUAAACUUCUCCUGCUCAGAGUGAGAAGAAAACCCGAUUUAGUCCAGUAAAUAACAAAGUGGACAAUAUAACGACAAGGAUAAACAGCUGUUAACUUCGUAAAAAAAACUAUUAAAACAAAACAAACAAACAAAAAAA